CCAUGCCUAUCGACCUGAUAAAGGCCAGAGGACCCACCAAAAUUUCGGUGUGAAGUUUUCGGAGGGGCGCCACGAAAUACUUCUCUAUCCCGAAUUCAUAAACCACCCAACAUCGUCAACGAAGUCUGCUCCCUAAGCUCGAGACUCGUCCGCCGUCAAGAUGAGGAUCGAGACGUGCUACUUCUGCAGUAGACCUGCUUACCCAAGCAAGGGAAUCACAUUCUGCCGUAACGACGCCAAGCAGUUCCGCUUCUGCCGCAGCAAAUGCCACAAGAACUUCGUCAUGAAGCGUAACCCGCGCAAGCUGAAAUGGACCAAGGCCUUCCGGCGCGCGGCCGGCAAGGAAAUGACAGUCGACUCGACGCUCCAGUUCGCGGCCCGCCGCAACGUGCCCGUGCGCUACGACCGCGAGCUCGUCCAGAAGACGCUGCGCGCCAUGGACCGCGUCUCCGAGAUCCGGGCGAAGCGCGAGCGCGUCUUCGCCAAGCGCCGCCGCGCCGGCAAGCGCGCCCAGGACCUCGCCACGGACCGCAAGCUGGUCCAGACCCACGCGCACCUGCUGCCGCGCCUCCGGGGCAGCGAGAAGAGGAGGCUCGCCGAGGAGCAGGGGCUGCAGCCCGAGGAGAUCGAGGAGCUGGAGCGCAAUGCCGCGGGGGUUGCGGAGAAGAAGAGCGCGAGGGUGUUUGGCAAGGAGAAGAUACGCCAGAGGGUGCGUGUCGACGGAGGCGUGGAAGUCAUGGGAGAAGACGAGAGUGGUAUGGAUGUGGAUUCCGAGUAAGCGAGCUUGAUUGUAAUAUUCGCGAUCACAUUUGCACUCGCACGAAAGGGAGGUGUAUCUACGAUGGGAGAGGAAGGCGGGAAAAACUACUACUACUACUGCUACAACAAGAGUUGUUGGACGAUGGGGGAUGCCCAAAAAAGAAAUCACGGACAGUGGCGUUCAUGUGUGUAUGGGUUGUUUCGUUUCUUCUGCAUGCCCUGGCGUUGGCGGAUUCUAGGAUUCUGAUUCCUUUCCUUUCCACGAAAUGAAACACUUUUGACCUGCACAGUUCGCUAUGAGAAGA